AUGAAGAAAAAGGAAAACUCAGCUUCAAACUUAGAACCAGAAAGCAAGCCUUUGAAUAUUCGAAACAAGAAGAAUCUAAAAAUAUUCAAAAGUAGCUCUAAAAAUGCUCAAAAUGCCCAACCGACUAAAACUCCUGUUAAAAACAAAAUGAGCAUCCCUGACGAGUAUAAAACCAAAGAAUUGGUAAUGCUUAUGGAGGAACGUGAAAGGGAGAUGCUUGAUGAGGAGAAAAAGAAAGAAGGUGAAAAGCAAAUGUUGCUCAAAGCCAUGAACUUGACUCCAUUGAAGCCUCAAGGAAGGUUCAAGCCUCUAUUCACAAAGACUCUUAGAGAUCCUGAAGAAUUUAUGAAACAAGGAGUGUUUGAAGACUUAAAUCUGGAAUUGAAGGGAAAACAUAUUAAUGAAACUCAGAUUGAGGAGCCUGAAAAGGUAGCUGCUGUCGCUGUCAAUCUUUUUGCAAAGAAAGUUCAAAAGAUAGACACAGAUAUUCGCCAAAGAACUAGUAUCAGACCCUCAGAUUUAGGAGAAGACCGCAACGAGGAUAACUUUUCAAACCAGUUUAAAUAAAUCAGACCAACUUGAGCACAGAAGCAGGAUCAAAGAAAAGAUGCAAAGGGAUGAGAUACUUAAGAAGAUGCCUGCUCCUUCAAGUUUGCUCUCUUCCAUUAGCUCUGAAUUUAAAGAAAGAACACAUAACAGAGAUCUCGGCAGUUCAAAUCGUGAAGAAAAUACAGAUAUUCUUAGCUCUAGCAAUAUCCUUGACAAAAGGUCUAUGGCAAAAGGGAGCUCUGACAUUGCUCAUUCAAUCAAUGAAGGAGAAAAAGAUCUAAACGAAACUUAUAAAGACCUAAAAACAAAGUUAAAAUUCAAACAAGUUGAACUAAAGAAGGCUAAAUAUGAGAUAAAUAAGGCUAAAAAUAACUACAUCCUUAGAGAAAGUCUUGAGAAGGUCAAACAGGCUUGAGAACAGGUCAAAGAAAAGAAAAAGCUUUCUAUUCUUGAGUUGACAAGAAAGAAAAAGAUUCUUACCAAGAUAAAAGCUAAGUAUCAAAGGGCUAAAGAAAUGACUGAGACCAAAACUGCACAGCAAAUUAUGGACCAGAGGAAGGAAAAUAUGAUUCAGCAAAAGCAAAUUCUUAAACAAAAGCUUUCAGAGACUAUUGCAGUCGACUCAGAGAUACAAUACACUUAUGCUUUAAUCAGCUGAAUUUCGUGCAAAGUUAAAAUUGAGCAGAUGAACAGUAAAGCUUUAUGCAUCUAUACUGCAUAUCCAAAGUUUACAUCGAGUACGUUUGAGUACAGAGUCAAAGGGUUAGAUACAAGGCUUGAUCCAAUGCUUGUCAUUCCUCGGCUGUAUUUUAGAUUGAAAUCAGAAGGAGCCAUUUCUAAAGACACCCACGAAAUCGAGAAUGAAUGCACACUUGAGCUUUCUUGAUACAAGGCAGAUUCUUGCCCUCGAAAACUAGCCAAGCUAUAUUUUGGAGAUGAAGAUGCUUACAAGUCUCCAAACAAAUCUGGAAAAAUAGCUAAUCUUAUAAGUUCAGAUUUUGAAUACCCCUCUUGUGUAGAUGAUGCUGAUGAAGAGUCUUCCAAAAAUGAAGAAGAAGCUCUUGCUGACAAGAACAUGUUCUUGACAAAGAUCAGUAUCAAGGAAGAUUUUGGACCAAGACUCUACAUAACAAGAUUCUUAUUCUCAAAAAGCACUGAUUUCGAGCCAAAAUGACUCGAAAUUGACAUGGAUCUUAACAAAUUCCUCCACUGAUCUUUGAUAAAGCUGAAAUAGCUUGGAGAAGAAUGAAAAAGACAUUACUUCGUCUUCAAAAUCAUUAAGACUCUCAGGUAAAAUAGAGGAGGUUAUUUCUGAGAACUUUUACAAAAAGAGUCAUAAAAAUGUCAGAGAGUCUUUAAGUCAACUUCAUAAAAACAGACAGCUUUCAGAAGCAGGUUUUUACAACCCCAUAGAUCACUACAAAAGUGAGGAGGAGGAUUUAGGUAAUGACGAAAGGAACUCUCCUAAACCAGAAGUGCCACUCAUUCAAAAACAAAAUGAAGAGAUUUUACAGAAGUUAAUGGAGCUGCUGUCAAGAAAUAUUUAA